UAUGUUUUUUAAUUGUUGAGUGUAGAUGUGGUGUAAAUUAAAUACAUCGACUGGCCGAUAUUCCGUCUCACAUUACUAGGUGAAAUUGUCAAGUAGAAAAUAUUGAUGUUGAUUUGCGUAAGGUUAAAUUGCUGUGAAUAGCUUUACACCUUCCAGGGCGAAUUUUCAGUUAACAUUUUGCCGCGGCUAUACUCUCGCAAUUAAAAUAAAAAUGUCUUUUGUGAGAAAUGUGCGUUAUGUCGCUGCGCGUAGCACUCACUUCAUGCAGAAACGUAGCUUUGCUGAUGAAAUGAAACUUACUUUUGCUGCUGCAAAUCAAACAUUUUACGACCAAGCAGAAGUUCGCCAAAUUGAUGUUCCAUCGUUUAGUGGAAGUUUUGGCAUUCUUGCAAAGCAUGUACCAACUUUAGCUGUUUUGAAACCCGGAGUAGUUCAAGUUAUUGAAAACGACGGAAAGACUUCAAAAUAUUUUGUAUCCAGUGGCUCAAUAACAGUAAAUGAAGAUUCUUCCGUUCAGGUGUUGGCUGAAGAAGCGCAUAAAGUUGAGGAUAUUGAUACUUCAGAAGCUAAGCAACUUUUAUCACAGUAUCAAUCGAAAUUGAGUUCGGCAACAAGUGAAGAAGCUAAAGCUGAAGCUGCCAUUGCUAUCGAGUGUGCCGAAGCACUAAUCCGAGCUGCUGAGUAGAUAAGCUUUGUCCAUUCACACUCCUGAUUGUUACAACAUUGGCUUAAUUAAAAGUAAAUGUUCGACAAAUAGAAUAAAAAAUGUAAAGAUAAA